AGGCCUUGAGCCCAGAUAUAUUCUCUUUCUCUGCUGUUUAUGUAACAGCCACUGUCUUUAUUCCUUAUCUCGAGUCUGCACCCAAGGCUUGCUAUAAAUUGCUAAUUAUAUUCCUGUUUAUAUUGCGAUUGAUAGAUUUUUUCGUUUCCUUCUACCUCUUUCACUUUCUGAGAUUCAAUAACUUCAACUACCUUCUACCCAGUUUCAUGGUAAAUACCUGCUUUUGAAAUUUGCUCAACAACAUACAAACUGAUCAUGGAUUUGUUACCAGAGAACGAAAAGGCUGUUUCGAUAGAUUCAACGUCAGUUUGCCAAACAAAACACUCUGGUACUUGCAAGUUGAAAAAACUCAUCGCUUUUUUUGUUUCUAUAUCAACCCUCUUUUUGGUCUCCAUUGUAUCAUUAAACAAAUUGGGUCACCUCCCGUUAAAUGCCAAUAUUCUUUCUGGCGACCAAGUCGAUAGACCUCACAAUAUUAACAAUGACAAUGUCAAGGUCAGCAAAAUCUCAAAAUAUUAUUAUACCGAUGAACAGCUAAAAGAACUAGAAUCCUUGAAAUUAUCAACAAACAACAAUCCGGUUUUGAUUGAAAAGUCUGAUGGCUCCACUCAAGUUAUCCAUGGGAGAUUUUUGCACAUUACUGACUUACACCCCGAUCCACAUUACGUUCCCAACUCAUCCUUUAAAUCUGCUUGCCAUAGAGGUGAAGGCCAGUCCUCCAAAUAUGGUGAUGCCAUUCUUGGUUGUGAUUCUCCCUUGAUCUUAGUUGAAGACACAAUUGACUGGGUUGAAAAAAAUCUCAAGGACAAAAUAGACUUUAUUGUCUGGACCGGUGAUAACGUUAGACAUGACAAUGAUAGAGCUAUACCCAGAUAUGAACAUGACAUCUUUGAAUUAAACCAAAACAUCUCAAAUCUCUUUUACAAUUCUUUCAAAAACAAAGACUCCAUUGACCCAAGAGACUUGUUGGUUAAAUUGAUUCCCUCCUUGGGCAAUAAUGAUGUCUAUCCACACAACUUAUUUUCCCCUGGCCCAACCUUACAAAGCAGACAACUCUGGAAAAUUUGGGAAAGAUUUGUAUCAAAUGACCAAUACCAUGUUUUUGAAAAUGGCGUUUACUUUUUUUCUGAAAUCAUUCCAAAUCAUCUAGCCGUUUUAUCUAUAAAUACCUUAUUUUUAUUUAAAAGCAAUCCCCUCGUUGACAACUGUGACAAUAGGAAACAACCCGGCUAUAAACUAUUCACUUGGUUGGGUGUAACCUUGAAAGAACUAAGAAGAAGAAAUAUGAAAGUUUGGAUGACUGGCCAUGUUCCCCCAAUUCCAAAAAACUAUGAUUACACCUGCUACAAUAAAUACGUAUCCUGGACUUAUGAAUACAGAGACAUCAUCAUUGGUGGUUUAUACGGCCAUAUGAAUAUCGACCAUUUCGUUCCUUUAGAUGCUUUGGAAACCUACAACUAUUACAACCAACUUUCAAUCUCAAAAAAUAACUCACAAAUUCACGAUCUAAAAGCUUUAUUUCCAGAUUUUAUUGACGAAAUCAACGAAAUCACCAACACCCAACUGUUUCACUUAGAUUCUUACCACGACUUUAUCAACAAUUAUGAACACUUUCCUCAUUCAUCAAAUGAUUUCGAUAUCAUGGGAGGCACCCCUGUUGGAAAAGUGGACUAUAUGGACACCGUUAGAAAAUCCUUUUAUUCAAAAAUCAAAUCAAAGAAAGCUGACUCAUUUAAUAGCUCGGAAAGAUAUUCAAUUGUUCACAUAACUGCAAGUGUCAUUCCAACUUUUAAUCCAGGUAUUAGAAUUUGGGAAUACAACAUUUCUGGUUUAGACAAUGAAUUCUCAGCAUUAAGCUCUCCCAAUUAUGAUCCAUGGCCCGUUUUCUUUAAAAAUGCUGAAAUUAAUUUGAAAAAUGAAUACCCUGAUAUCUUUCCUGAUAAUGAUUCAGAAUAUUUUGAUCACUUUAUCAAUCGCAACCUUUAUGACGAUAAUGAUGAUGAUGACAACGAGAAUUAUGAUAACACUGAUAAUUAUAUAACAUCUGAUGUAUUAAAAGAUCCAAGUGUUCCUCCAAAGAAACCCGAUGAUAUCGAAGCUGGUCCUGCUUACAAUCCUCAAUUAUUUACACCUCUUAAAUAUGCCCAGUAUUAUUUGGAUUUAGAAUCUAUAAAUAAAGGCAAAAAAGACUUUGGUUAUGAAUUUGAAUAUUCAACCGAUGAAGAGUAUAAUAUGGACUCUUUAUUAGUACAAGAUUGGCUCGAUUUUGCAAAGAAUUUAGGUAAACCAGUCAAAGCAAAGGGUGAUAAAGUAUUUGAAGCAAAUCAAAACAAAGGCAAAAAAGAUAAAAAAGGCAAUAAAAGUAAAAAAGAAAAAGAAAUUCAAUUGCAAAAAUUGUGGCAAAGUUAUUUAAAGCACAGUUUUAUAAGUUCUAAUUAUGAAAAUUUAGACUAUUAAUUGUUUCUAUCACAUUAAUACAUACAUUCAAACAUAAACAUCAAUAUAUAUAUUAUAGAUAUAUAUAAAUAGCGUUUUUUAUUUCUUUUUUUAAAUUAUUUUUUUUAUUUAUAAAAUUUUAAAGAUUUUUAC